AUGGCUGACACCCACAAUCCGCCCCUCAACUACGAAGCCUCCAACACCACCACCCACCCAGUGAUCUCCACGACCCUGCCCCCGGAAGUAUCGCAAUGCCUCAAGAAUGCCCGUUUCCUUCAUCUUGCCACAAUCAGUGCAAGCCAGAGCAGCCCACCAACACCACACGUGUCCUUGAUGAACUACACUUUCCUGCCUUCAUACGACCACCACGGGCCCGUCAUCAUCAUGACCACAAACGCCAAGUCCAUGAAGACCCAGAAUCUGAUGCACAAUCCAAAAGUAUCACUCCUUGUACACGACUGGGUGUCUCAUCGACCGCCCACGGCCACGUCAGUGAGUGGUGAGCAACGAGCCGGGUCUCCGCCCGCCGCCGCGGCUCGCUCAUCUCUUGCCGCCCUCCUUUUGAAUCUGAACACUUCGGCCCUAAGCUCAAUAUCAACCACAAUAGCUGGAGAGGCGAGAUUUCUCGAACAAGGAAGCGAAGAGGAAAAGUGGUGCAAGGAGGCUCACCUGGCGAAUAACACUUUCGGAGGUCAGGUAACGCAAGAGGCGGGGUUUUUCAGUGGGCGGCCAGCAAAUGCCGAUUCGGAGAACAGUAGCUGUUAUAUUGAAGGAGAUGAUGUGAGGGUGGUCAUUGUUCCUGUGCGUGAAGGGAGGAUAGCGGACUGGAAGGGAGGAGUCAAAGACUGGGUCUUGGUCAAUGAAGAUGCUCCACCAACUAGUGCUACUGGGAACACAGCCGUAGCGGAAAGAGGCAGAAGUAAUGGCCACCACCUGGUGAACGGGAUAAGGGAUUGA